AUGUACUAUAAAUGUGCUUGUGAGAAUAUGAUUAAUAGAACAUGUAUGCGACCUGGAGACAUUCUCACGACUUCAAAUGGAAAGACUAUUGAGGUUAACAACACUGAUGCAAUUGGUUCAGGUGUUGAUGGGUAUGACGAAAAUUCUCUCCAAAUCAAACUUCUCCUUCUUGCACUUACAUGCAUUGCUGCAAUUGUUGGGCUUUUAGGUUUGGACCAGAGCUACCCAGGGCAGUCAAAAUAUGGUCAUUCUGAUGGGAAUUAUACUGAAACAGAGAAGGGUGACAAAAAAAGCUUUGAUGAUAAUGCUUCAAAAGCUGAUUGUUUAGUCAUGUACCGAAAACGUCAAUGUCAUUUGAUAGAAAUGUUGUAUUUUGGAGAUUCCAAUUCUCAUUAUUCAGUUGAAAAUUAUGUUCAUGAUGAUAUUAAUUUUGUGAUUCCGCCGAAACCACCUGAUCAGAUUGUUACUGGGUUUUUAUGUUGUGGAGAAAGUGAAUUCCAAAGGAUCGUGGAAGAUGGAAAUGAUAAACAAAAUAGACCAAAAUCCAACAAUGAAGAAGAUGUCAUAAACCAAUUACCAGAAGGAAUUCCUUAA